AUAUUUAGUAGGCCCUUAAUAGUGGCCAUGCAGCAUGAAAGUGAUUUGAUUAGAAAAGAGUCGUUUUUAUGCAUGCUGCACUGUAGCUGAUGAUGGAGAUAAAAGAGACAGAUAGAGAUCAGGUUCUGUGUCUGUAUAAGAGCAGAAGCCUUUCAACACAAGCAGGUUUAAGCAGAUCCUCCAGACAUCCUGAUACCCUGCCAGCUAUAAUGUCUCCUCUGUACGUGGUUGGCAUGCUGGGACUUUUAAUGAAGAUAUCAGCGCCUAUGUGUGCCCCCACUGAGUACACCAUUUACUUCGAGAGACAGGAGUGCAAUUACUGUGUGGCUGUCAACACCACCAUCUGCAUGGGCUUCUGCUUUUCCAGGGACAGUAAUGUGAAGGAGUUGGUGGGUCCUCGUUUCCUGGUUCAGAGAGGCUGCACCUAUCAGGAAGUCGAGUACCGGACGGCCAUCUUGCCUGGCUGUCCUUCGUAUGCAGAUCCUCACUUCACCUAUCCAGUGGCACUUAGUUGCCACUGCAGCACCUGUAACACCCACAGUGAUGAAUGUGCCCACAAAACCAGCAGCGCUGCAAGGAAAUGCUCCAAACCUGUCCGUCAUCUGUACCCCGACCCCGAGGAGAACAGUUACAUCCAGCCAUAUUGGGAACAGUACGAGUAAUGUUUGAUAAAUCCUUGACUAAAACUUAAAUCAAAACAAAGUGUGUGUGUUAGCAGUUGACUGGGUGCAAUUGUUUGUUAGAUAAUCAUUGAGUAAACCUUGUCACAAAGUUACCUAACUCAUUAUGUUUGCUGUAUUUUAUAUCAAGCAUCUGAUGUCUUUAAUGA